AACAGCACUGCCAAGAGUGACAACAGUGUCAACAGUGACAAAGGUGACAACUGCGAGAACAAUGACAACAGUGACAACACUAACGACAGCGGCAACGGUGACAAUACUGACAACCGUGACAACGUUGACAAAAGUGGCAACGGUGACAACGGUGACAACAGUGACAACAGUUACAACGGUGACAACAGCAACAACAGUGACAACGGUGACAACGGUGACCCCAUUGACCACACUGACAACAGCGACAACUGUGACAACACUGACAAUGGUGGUAAACCAACAACAGUGACAACCAUAACAACAGCGACAACAGUGACAACGGUCACAACCGCAACAAUAGCGACAAUAAUGACAACAGAGAGAACCAUGACAACAGUGACAAAAGUGAUGACGGUGACAACAAUGACAAUGGUGACAACGGUGACAACAGCGAUGAUGGUCACAACCGUGGCAAUAGCGACAAUGGUGACAACAGAGAUAACGCUGACAACAGUGACAAAAGUGAUGACGGUGACAACAGUGACAAUGACGACAACGGUGACAACAGCGACAAUGGUGACAACGGUGACAACAGAGACAACGGUGACAACAGUGACAAAGGUGACAACAGUGAUGACAAUGACAACCGUGACAACAGUGACAACAGUGACAACGGUGACAACAUUGACAACACUGACAACCGUGACAACAGUGACAACAGUAACAACAGCGACAAUUUUGACAGUGACAAGGGUGAAAACAGUGACAACAGCGACAACAACGACAACAGUGAAAACAGUAAAAACAGUGACAACGGUAACAACAGCGACAAGGGUGGAAACAGUGACAAUGGUGACAACAGUUACAACAGUGACAACAGCGACAACGGUGACAACCGUGACAACGGUAACAACAGUGACAACAGUGACAAAGGUGACAACAAUGACAACAGUGAUGACAGUGACAACCGUGACAACAGUGACAACGGCGACAAUAUUGACAACACUGACAACCGUGACAACGGUGACAACAGUGACAAAGGUGACAACAGUGAUGACGGUGACAACGGUGACAACAGUUACAACGGUGACAACAGUGACAAAGGUGAAAACAAUGAUGACGGUGACAACCGUGACAAUAGCGACAAUGGUGACAACAGAGAUAACGCUGACAACAGUGACAAAAGAGACAAUGGUAACAGCAGUGCCAAGAGUGACAACGGUGUCAACAGUGACAAAGGUGACAACUGCGAGAACAAUGACAACAGUGACAACACUAACGACAGGGGCAACGGUGACAAUACUGACAACCGCGACAACGUUGACAAAAGUGGCAACGGUGACAACGGUGACAACGGUGACCCCAUUGACCACACUGACAACAGCGACAACUGUGAGAACACUAACAAUGGUGGUAAACUAACAACAGUGACAACCAUAACAGCAGCGACAACAGUGACAACGGUCACAACCGCAAUAAUAGCGACAAUAAUGACAACAGAGAGAACCAUGACAACAGUGACAAAAGUGAUGACGGUGACAACAAUGACAAUGGUGACAACGGUGACAACAGCGAUGACGGUCACAACCGUGACAAUAGCGACAAUGGUGACAACAGAGAUAACGCUGACAACAGUGACAAAAGUGAUGACGGUGACAACAGUGACAAUGACGACAACGGUGACAACAGUGACAAUGGUGACAACCGUGACAAUAGUGACAACGGUGACAACAGAGACAACGGUGACGACAGUGACAAAGGUGACAACAGUGAUGACAAUGACAACCGUGACAACAGUGACAACAGUGACAACGGUGACAACAUUGACAACACUGACAACCGUGACAACAGUAACAACAGCGACAAU